AUGAGCGACACCAACGGCGUCAAUGGCGCCAGUGGCACUCCAUCGGCCUCCAAACUUUUGUGGAAGCACCCCUCUCCGCAGUCUACCCCAAUGUACCGCUUCCUCGAGUCAGUGAACAAGACACACACUCUCCAACUGUCAGACUACCCACAGCUACAUCAAUGGAGCAUCGAUCAUGUCGAUGCCUUUUGGAAGAGCACGUGGGAUUUCGUCGGCAUCAGACACAACGGAACGCCGUCAUCGACGGUGGAUCCAGAUGCCUCCAUGUUUCCACGACCGCCUUUCUUUCCAGGGGCGACGUUGAAUUUUGCCGAGAACCUGUUGUUCCCUACCCAGGAAGUUGAUGCCGAAUCACCUGCUGUCAUUGCUGCAACCGAGACCACGCGAGAGACAGUGACAUGGAAGGAACUAAGAGAUAGGGUACAGCGAUGCCAGGCAGGCAUGCUAUCUCUAGAUCUCAAGGAGGGCGAUCGAGUUGCGGGUUAUGUUGCCAAUCACACGAACGCACUGGUUGCUAUGCUCGCAGCGACAUCGUUAGGAGCAGUCUGGACAGCCAUCAGUCCAGAUACAGGUGUACAUGCUGUCUUAGACAGACUGCGCCAAAUAGAGCCAUCACUCCUUUUUGUCGACAAUGCUUCCUUCUACAACGGCCGGAGCCAUCCAGUCUUGCCCAAGGUCAUUGAGAUUACCAGGGAACUUCCUACUCUCCAGGCUGUUGUUGUUUUCCAAACAGUUGCAUCCGUUGCAGUUGACGCUGGUUCAAUACCUGUUGCAUCAGGAAAGGCAUACGACUACGCUACUUUUGCUUCGCUCAAGUCAACAGCAGAGCUCGAAUUCAGGCAACUGCCGCCAGACCAUCCAGUCUACAUACUAUACUCGAGCGGCACGACCGGAGCACCCAAGUGCAUCGUGCAUGGAGCUAUUGGUACGUUGCUCCAGCACAAAAAGGAACAUAUUCUCCACUGCUCGAUUGCGCCCCAAUCACGGCUUUUCUACUUCACCACCUGUACUUGGAUGAUGUGGCACUGGCUCGUCAGCGGACUAGCGUCAGGGGCCACGUUGGUUCUGUACGAUGGGUCGCCGUUUCGCUACGUGGACCGCUUCGAUCCCUCGACAUCCGUGGCGGAUGAUCUCGCAAUGCAUCGCCUCAUUGAUGAGUUCGGCAUUACGCACUUCGGUACCUCUGCCAAGUACCUAUCUAUCCUAGAACAAAAAUCGGUCGAUCCAGCCGCAGCUGGCCUUGGUCUUGAUACGCUCGAGGCAAUCUACUCGACCGGCUCUCCACUGGCACCAUCGACGUUUUCCUAUGUAUACUCGGCAUUCCCGUCGUCUAUCAAUCUCGGUAGCAUAACUGGAGGCACGGACAUUAUCUCGCUCUUUGGCGCGCCUAACCCGCUGCUUCCAGUUUACGAGGGUGAAAUCCAGGGCCCUGGUCUGGGCAUGGCUAUUGCUGCAUAUGAUUUCACAGGCGCCGAUAUUUCGUCGUCAGGCGAACCAGGCGAUUUGGUUUGCACCAAGCCAUUCGUAUGCCAGCCUGUAGCAUUCUGGGGCACUGAUGGCGAGGCAAAGUACCGCAAGUCGUACUUUGAAAUGUUUACCAACGAAAAGAAACAACCCGUGUGGCAUCACGGCGAUUUUGUGCGCUUCAACCCAGAGACUGGUGGAGUCUGGAUGCUUGGCCGCAGCGAUGGUAUCCUCAAGCCUGCUGGCGUGCGAUUCGGAUCCGCCGAGAUUUACAACGUGGUGCUCCAGCAUUUCCCAGAAGACGUGGCCGACGCACUAUGUAUCGGCCGUAGAAGAGAAACAGACACGGAUGAAACUGUAGUGCUGUUCCUCAAGAUGGCAGAUGGCCGCAAAAUAUCAUCCGACCUGGUCGACAGGAUCAAGUUGACGAUCAAGAAGUCGCUGAGCGCACGCCAUGUUCCUGCGAUUGUAGAUGAGUGCCCGGAAAUCCCAGUGACGACCAACGGCAAAAAGGUUGAAGGAGCGGUCAAGCAGAUUCUGUGCGGAAUGAACGUAAAGACAAGUGCCAGCGUGGCUAAUGCUGAAUGUUUGGAUUGGUAUCGCGAAUGGGCGCGUACGCACUGA